AUGGAGGUGAACUCAGUGAAGAGAAUGAGGGUGGUGGGGUUGAGUUAUGGGGGGUUUGUGGCGUAUAGUUUAGCGGCGCAGUUUAAGGAAAUGGUGGAGAGGGUGGUGAUAUGUUGCGCCGGGGUGUGUUUGGAGGAGAAGGAUUUGGAGGAUGGGUUGUUUCCGGUGAAGAGUUUGGAGGAGGCGGCGGAGAUAUUGCUCCCGCAAACGCCGGAGAAGAUGAAGGAAUUGAUGCGGUUUACGUUUGUCAAGCCGCCCGUGAAGACUCCGAAUUGUAUACUUGUAGACUUCAUACAGAAAAGGAACGAAAUUCCACGUAUUGACAAAUGGGGAAAAAUCUUACCGGUUUCUGAAUGCUUCAUUUAUGACAAUAAGGAUGACGUAUUUAGGCUUACAUUUUAUCCAAAGGUGAUAACAUUUACUCAUUUUAAUAAGAGACAUAUAAUUCCAAGGGUGGAGAUACAAUAG